ACGUACGUACAAAUUAAACCAAGCUCUUUCAUUUUCCAACAAUGGCUUCUCACUACUAUUUCGUGAUUAUGGUUCAAAUUUUGGCCUUCAUUUCUCUAUUCAAUGUUUGUUUUGCUUCGAGGAAGCUCAGUGCUUUGGUUGAAGAACCACAAACCCAGCUCCUCCGUUACCAUAACGGCGCUCUUCUCAACGGCAGAAUCGCCGUCAAUCUCAUCUGGUACGGCAAAUUCAAACCCUCACAGAGGGCCAUCGUCGCCGAUUUCAUCACCUCCCUCUCAGCACCAGCAUCGCCGACGGCGAAGUCUGCUGCCAGCCAACCAUCCGUCGCCAAGUGGUGGAAGGCCACCGAGAAAUACUACAACAUCGCCAACUCAAAAACCCCACUCUCGCUCUACCUGGGCAGACAGAUCAUCGACGACAAGUACUCCCUCGGAAAAUCCCUCUCCGAGAAGAAAAUCGUCCAGUUGGCAUCUAACGGCGACCAAAAGAACGCAAUCAACGUCGUACUAACGGCGUCUGACGUCGCCGUCGACGGAUUCUGCUUCAACAGAUGCGGGACACACGGUUCCAAAAGUACCCCUGUGAAGGGCAAGAAUAACAAGUUUGCCUACAUCUGGGUUGGCAACUCGGAGACUCAGUGCCCAGGUUACUGCGCGUGGCCAUUCCAUCAGCCCAUUUACGGCCCGCAAAGCCCAGCCCUUAUUGCCCCCAACAACGAUGUGGGCCUAGACGGUAUGGUCAUGAGUUUGAGCGGCCUUUUAGCGGGUACGGUUACCAACCCGUUUGGAAACGGGUUCUAUCAAGGCACAUCUGAGGCCCCACUCGAAGCUGCAUCCGCCUGCCCCGGAGUCUACGCUAAAGGAGCAUAUCCGGGUUACGCCGGAGACUUAUUGGUGGACCCCACCACUGGUGCUAGCUACAAUGCGCACGGCGCUGAUGGCCGGAAAUACUUGCUUCCGGCUAUUUACGAUCCUUCCACUUCCAAAUGUUCCACUUUAGUUUGAUUUUUGUUAUAUAUAGAAUCAAUUAGAAUAUUAUUACAUAGAGGGAAAUAUUGUAAUAGGGAAAUCAUUCAUUCAUUC